AUGUAUUCAGAUUGGGCAGCAUUAUACCAUGUCGAGCAGAAUCUAUCUUCGUUAGUCGUGUAUGUUGUGGACUUUGAUGGUCAGGGUCCCAACAGCGUACCUGGACAGGAACCGUUAGUCGGACCUCUCAUUCAAGGCCUCGCACGCACGCAAGUGGCAUCUGGCACACCAACUCUUGGAUGGGGCCCUCUCUCUGGAUCUGAUUUCGACUACGACCCUAUCGCUGUACGGCAAGCUGUUUACGACUGGAAGGCUUGGGCGGCCAUCAUCAUCAUGCCCAAUGCAACUUCCCAGCUCUACAGUGCUGUUCAGAACGGAAACACGAGUUACGAUCCCAUGGGAGCAUGUCAACUAAUCUACCAAUCAGCCAGAGAUGACACUAAUUGGUUUGACUUCAUGUAUCCGAUCAUCUCACAAUUUCAGACUCAGGCUACCUCGAUGGUUGGUCAGCAAUGGGCAAAGAUGGUACUACAAAACGCUACGACUGAUCAAACGCUGUUGCGCAACUUGGCCAAUGUACCUCAGGCCAUUUCUCCGGCAAUUGGCUUCUCGGAAUACGAUCUCAGACCUUUCUAUCCCUAUACGGCCAUCCCCGCUACCACCAUUGGACUCAUCUAUCUGAUCAUCUUGAGUUUCUUCUCAUUCGCAUUCUACCUACCCAUCUGGUUCAGAUUCUUGAAUCCUAAAGAACACCCACCGCUCAGAUUUGUCGAGUUCAUUGCAGUGCGCUGGGGUGGAACUGUGCUUGCCUAUCUCUUCCUAUCUCUGGCAUACUCUUUCGUCUCUUUGGCUUUCCAAAUCAACUUUGCCGGUGGCAACCCUAUUACUUCGGAGACUCAAGUCACGGAUAUUGCCUACGGCAAUCCUGAUGCUUAUGGUCAUGGCACCUUCCCUGUGUACUGGAUGUUGAACUUUGUCGCCAUGUGCGCUUUGGGUCUUGCUUGCGAGAAUGUCGCCAUGGUGGUCGGUCAGCCAUGGACAGGUCUUUGGCUUAUUUUCGUAAGUGCCUGA